AUGAUCAGAAGGCAGGCCCGUGAACGUAGGGAGUACCUAUACCGGAAGGCAGAAGAACUUCGGGACUCGCAACUGCAAGAGAAACGGCAACUUAUAAAACAAGCUUUAGCACAGGGAAAACCGCUUCCAAAGGACAUAGCGGACGAUGAACAAUUACAAAAGGAUUUCCAAUAUGACCAGACUGUCCAAGAAACGAUAGAUGACGAAUACAGCGCGACCAGUGGACUUGCUGAGCCCAAGGUGAUCGUUACGACAUCGAGAGACCCCAGCACAAGACUUUCACAGUUUGCCAAAGAAAUUAGGUUACUAUUUCCCACCGCAGUAAGGCUCAACAGAGGUAACUAUGUAAUGCCUUCCUUGGUGGACGCUUGCAAGAAAUCCGGGACUUCGGAUCUUGUUGUGCUACAUGAACAUAGAGGUGUCCCAACUUCGCUGACAGUAUCGCAUUUUCCACAUGGACCUACCGCAUAUUUCACACUGCACAACGUAGUGCUGAGACACGAUAUACUGAACGCUGGAAACCAGAGUGAGGUAAAUCCGCAUUUGAUCUUCGACAAUUUCACCACUCCUCUGGGGCAAAGGGUCGUUACAGUGUUGAAGCAUAUGUUCCCACCGGGUCCAAAAAAGGAUUCUGCGCGAGUAAUAACAUUUGCAAACCGUGGUGAUUUUAUCAGCGUCAGACAGCAUGUUUAUGUGAGAACACGGGAAGGCGUGGAACUAGCCGAAGUUGGUCCUAGAUUCGAAAUGCGACUCUUUGAAUUGAGACUUGGCACAUUGGAUAAUAAAGAUGCAGAUGUGGAAUGGCAACUAAGAAGAUUUGUCAGAACUGCAAGCAGAAAGGACUAUCUGUGA